AUGGAGACACCCCACCCUCCAGAGCCAAAAUAUUUGAAAGAUGAAGAAGUGAGUCAAGAAUGCAUGAGUCUACUUUCCACUCUUCCCUCUGAAAGUGGAUGGCUUUCUAAGAAAUUACACAAUUACCAAGGGUUUUGGCAUAAUGCUAGGCAGUUGCAAGGAGUCAUUUCAUGUCAAAAACACUUUCAAGCUCAAGACACCGAUAUUCUUCUUGUCACCACUCCCAAAUCAGGAACCACUUGGUUAAAGGCCAUCUUGUUCAGCCUAGUAAACCGUACCCGUUUCCAGCAAACCGAAGGCGAUCACCCAUUACUAUCAAAUAGCCCACAUGCGCUCGUGCCAUUCUUGGAGCUUAAGCUCUAUGUCGAUGGUGAGACUCCGGAUCUUUCAUCCUUCGCAUCUCCAAGACUCUUUUCCACUCAUUUACCGUAUAUAUCAUUACCAAAAUCCGUCCAGGAUUCAAAAUGCAAGCUUGUUUAUCUUUGUAGAAACCCUAAAGAUACUUUUAUAUCUUUGUGGGCUUUCACAAACAAGUUGAAGCUCCAGGAAAUAAGGACUAAUUCAAUUGAAGAAGUUUUUGAGAAGUUUUGUGAAGGGAUAAGCUUGUGUGGACCGUUUUGGGAUCACGUGUUGGGUUAUUGGAAGGAAAGCUUAAAGAAUCCAGAGAAGAUUUAUUUUCUGACGUAUGAAGAGAUGAAAGAGCAACCAGAUCUUCAUUUGAGGAAACUAGCUGAUUUUUUAGGGUGCCCAUUUUCGUCCAAAGAAGAGGAAGAAAGGGUGGUUGAUGCUAUUUUGGAUAUUUGUAGCUUCGACAAAUUGAGUAAUCUGAAGGUGAACAAGGAAGGGAAGCUUCCAUCCGGAGAAAGUAACAAUGCAUAUUUUCGAAAUGGUCAAGUUGGUGACUGGAAAAACUAUCUGACCGCAGAAAUGGCACAACGUCUUGAGAAGAUUUGUGAAGAAAAGUUUGAUGGCUCGGGUUUAAAGUUUUAGUUUUCCUUUUGUGUGUGUGUUUUUGUUCUCGAAUGUUUGUUCAAAUAAUUCCAUUCCAUGUGUGAUCUUGGACACUAAAUCAGUGUCGAAUUUCGUUUUAGUUAAGCUGCAUUCUGACUUUUGUUUUUGGAAAACACAAA